AUGAAUGCCAACGGAGAAAUGGUACAUCCCGCCAUUUACCUACAUUCAGGCACUGCCAUGAGGUGUGACUCUGAGGUGGUGAAGCAGAACUGCAGAUCCUGGAAGUACGACAUCACCAGCGUUGUGAUGGUGUCCGAUGAGUCCCCCAUCCUCUCCAACUUCUUCUCCACUGUGCCUCGAAGUUUCCGAGGUCAAGUACAUAGCAAACUCACUUGGAUUAAAUUGUCUUUGAGGCGAGCCUUGCAUUUAGUUUUCAAAGUGGGUGACAAAAGCAAAACGGACACCUUUUACCGAGAUGUGCUCGGCAUGAAGAUUUUGCGUCACAAAGUGAUCUACAAUUACGGAGUGGGAGGAUAUCGCCUAGCCAAUGACUUCCUCGGUUUGACUCUGCAGUCUAGCCAGGCUGUCAGCAAUGGUAAGCGGCUUGCUUGGCCCCUCACUGACGUUGGAAAGGGCCUCUAUCUGGCUGAGGCUCCAGGAGGUUAUCGCUUCUACCUGGUGGACAAAGAUCAGCCUCCCAAUGAUCCUGUACAGAYGGUGUGUCUGGCAGGGUCUGACCUGCAGAAAUCAAUUCACUGCUGCUCCUCCCUUCUGGGGAUGAAGGUGAAAGAGAGAAAUGAGGAGAAGAAGACUGUGCUGAUGGGAUUCACAGACACUCAGUGUAAACUACAACUUCACAACAUUGUUGGGGCAGUAGAUCAUGGGACAGCCUUCGGGCGGAUAGCAUUCUCCUGUCCACGUGAGCAGUUGGCAGAUCUUGAAGCCCUGAUGAAGAAGUGAAACCACAAAAUCCUUACUAUCUUGGACCUGGACACCCCUGGAAAGAAUACGGUAGAAGUGGUCAUUUGGCCUGAUUCAGAUAUGAGCACAUUUCCCUGA